CUCUCUUAAUUUUUAUCAUUUCUAGAGAAGAUGGAAAAGGGUAUCUCUAAUCUUUCUUCUCCAUCGUGCAAUAAUGGAGAAAAGAAAGCAUACGCUGAAAAACCCUCUGUAGAGAAGAAGCUUAAACUGUUCGGUUUCGAGUUGGAUCCAUGCCGGAAUGGUGAUCACAACGACCUCAAGGGCUUGUUUGAGAAUGAUGAAAGUGUAAAUUCGUCAUCUUCCACAGUCUCAUCGGGAAGGGAUCAGAUUCUUGAUCAGAAUCUGCCUAAGGAGAAAACCCCACCUCGAGAACCUGCAGACGACAAAAAAUUCGUGUGCCAAUAUUGUCUGAAAUGUUUUGCAAACUCGCAGGCAUUGGGGGGUCAUCAAAAUGCUCACAAGAAAGAAAGGAUGAGGAAGAAGAGACUGCAGCUUCAAGCAAGAAAAGCCAGCCUCAGCUAUUAUCUUCAACCUUUUCAAAAUAGACAUAGUUUCAAUUUCUAUGCUUCUUCUCCACUAUAUCAUGAUCCUUCUUUUUCUGCUCCUCAUGAAUUUACAAUUUCUGAGGAAUCCCAGAUUAGCUUCAGCAGCCGUUAUGAUCAAGAUGCCAAUAUGGUUAAUGGAUCACAUGUUUCAAGGUCGUGGUAUGCCCUACCAUCAGCACAGGCACCGUUUCAACAAGAUUCAGCAUCAUGUAAAUUUACUCUUACGCAUGUAGACAAAUCCAGAGAGAAUAGGGCUGUAAUCAAGCCUUCUUCCCCUUUGCCUAGGUCCAAGCAAAACUGUAGAUCCGUAGAUCUCCAACUAGGUCUGAGCUUGCAUUCGACCAUUUGAUGCUUUCAUCUAGAAGAUAUAGUACAAAAUAGUUUCUAUAGUUUAGGCUGCCUUCUAUAUAUUGAGAAGGGAAAAGAAAAAAAAGUAGUA